CCGAUAUUCCCAUCUGGAGAAAGUACUUUUUACGUUCCACGCGUCAGAUGGAUCCCACGGCGUCGGCCUCGCGACCUUCUGCAGCCGUUCUGGGUUCGGCGUUGAACACGAGCGACAACGAGGACGACAACGAGAUCUCCUUCCAGGUCAAGUUCCUGGGCCGGGUGGAGGUGGCGCCCCCCGGAGGCCUGCAGGCGCUGUCCGAGGCCGCAGAGAGCCUGAAGACGCCGGACAGCUUCUCCUCCGAAAAGGCCGCCAAGAUGAGCAGAGUCCACCUCUUCCUGUCGCCGGGGGGCAUCGACGUGCUGGAGAACAAAACCAAGUUCCUGCUGUACUCGUGCCCUCUGUCCACCGUCUCCUUCUGUGCCGUCCUGCCGCCUUCGCCCAAAGUCUUCGGCUUCGUGGCCAGACACCCGGCGGCGGACAUGACCCACUGCUACCUGUUCCAGAGCAAGACCUUUUCCCACGUGCUGGUCUCGGCCAUCGGGGACGUCUUCAAAGCGUCGAGAAAAGAGGACGUCAGGGGCGGGAGGGACCUGAUAGUGGAGGCCCUCCGGCACAAGAACAAAAUGCUGCAAAGAGAGAACGUUGAGCUGAAGAGGCGUCUGGCAGCACAGACUCACUGACGACAGCCCCGAGGGUGCUGGUGCACACAUACACAGUGACAAAACGUGUGAGAAAUAAAACUUAAUAAAUGAUAAUAAUAACAAUAA